ACAGAGGAGUCGAGCUCAGAGACAGUCGGACUUUAAUACUUGUCGUCGUCUGAUCCGGAAGUCAGCGGGACGCUGACGGUGACCCGUAUCAGGGUCCAGCCCGGAGCUUUCAGUCAUGGUCUUCGAGUCUCUGGUCAGCGACUUGCUGAACAGGUUCAUCGGAGACUACGUGGAGAACCUCGACAAGUCCCAGCUCAAGAUCGGGAUCUGGGGAGGAAAUGUUGUCCUCGAGAACCUGAGAGUGAAAGAAAAUGCUCUGAGUGAAUUCGAUGUUCCCUUCAAAGUGAAGGCUGGGCAGAUUGGGAAGCUGACGUUGAAAAUUCCCUGGAAGAACCUCUACAACGAUGCCGUGGUCGCCACGUUGGAGGGUCUUUACCUUCUGGUUGUCCCUGGAGCCACGAUAAAGUAUGAUGCAGCGAAGGAGGAGCGCUACCAGCAGGAGGCGAAGCAGAGGGAACUGCAACGCAUCGAGGACGCGCUACAGAUGGCUGCACGCAGAGCAUCUCAAACCGGAGAUCUGCUUUUCAGUCUGGAGAGUGUUGUUUAUAAGGAACCGCACAACGUCCCAAAAGGACGUAAAAAACACAAAAAGCACAAAAAAGGCUUGAAGAAGCUGAAACGACACGACCACAAAGAAGACAAACCUAAGGAGGAGAAGAAGGACACGUUUGUGGAGAAACUCGCCACUCAGGUGAUUAAAAACCUGCAGGUGAACAUCAGCAGCAUCCACUUGCGCUAUGAAGAUGAUCUGUCAGACCCACAGCGCCCCCUGUCUAUGGGAGUGACACUGUCAGAGCUCAGCCUUAAGACCACCGAUGAGACCUGGAAGGAGUGCAUCCUGAAUGAAGCAGCAAAGAUCAUCUAUAAGCUCGGCAGUCUGAAGUCUCUCUGCGCCUACUGGAACGUCAACAGUCCGAUCUUCUACAAAGGAUCGUGGGAGGACAUCGUGGGCCAGCUGAAACGUGGGAUCUGCACUGAAGACCAGGAGCUCCGUCACUAUCAGUACAUUUUCAAACCGAUCUUCGCUUCUGCUAAAAUAUGCAUCAACCCGAACGCUGAGCUGGAGCUGAAAAGUCCGAAGGCAAACCUUCAGCUGGAGGUCCAGAACAUCGCCAUUGAGAUGACCAAACCACAGUACCUCACCAUGGUGGAGCUGCUGGAGUCCAUUGACUGCAUGGUGAAGAACGCCCCCUACAGGAAGUUCAGGCCUGACGUCCCCAUCCGUGGAAAUGCCAAACUCUGGUGGAAGUACAGUUUCAGCUGCAUCACGGAGGCCCACCUCCGCCGCUUCGCUCACAUGUGGUCCUGGUUUAACAUUAAACAGCACCGCGAGAACCUGAGGGCUUACAAGACCGCCUACAAGACCAAACUGCUGAGCCAAAACAAAGUGAGCCAGGAAACGGAGCAGCAAGUCCAGGAUCUGGAGAAAGUUCUGGACGUGUUCAACAUCACUCUGGGCCGACAGCAGGCCCACAUGGAGGUCAUCAGAUCAGGACAGAAGGUGGCGGCAAAGAAAGCGGCGGCCGGACAAAAGCAGGGCGGCGGUUUCUUCAGCAGCUUUUUUGGGAGGAAGGCUAAAAAAGAGGAGCAAGCUCCAGAGGAGCGCGAGGAGGCACAGAGUUCGGGGCUGGACCAAAUCAUGACCGCCGAGGAGAAGGAAAAACUAUAUACAGCCAUCGGGUACAGCGGCAGCUCUCACAGUCUGGCUUUACCCAAACAGUAUGUAGCUGUGAUCGUCAAUUUCCAACUGUUGAGGACUUCGGUGACGGUCAGAGAGGAACCCAACGUCCCCGAGAUCCUCAAGAUCCAGAUGAUCGACCUCAAAACAAAAAUAUCUCAGAGACCCGGAGCUCAGGCCAUCAGGGUGGAGGCAGCCUUGCAGCACUGGUUCGUUACCGGUUUGCAGCAGCAGGGGGCGACGCCCUCACUCAUUGCCUCGGUGGGCGAUUCGUCCUCGUCUCUGCUCCGCGUUGUGUUUGAGUUGAACCCCGAGGAAAGCACCGGAGACCAGCUGCUCAGAGUCCAGUCUCAGCCUGUGGAGAUCAUCUAUGAUGCGCUGACCGUCAACAGUGUGGUCGACUUCUUUAAGACGGAGAAAGGUGUGGAUCUGGAGGUCCUGACCACGGCCACGCUCUCCAAACUGGAGGAGAUCAAAGAGAAAACGGCCACAGGUUUGUCUCACAUCAUCGAGACCAGAAAGGUCCUGGACCUGAGCAUCGACUUGAAACCGUCCUACCUGCUGUUACCAAAAACAGGCUUCUACAGCAGCACCUCAGACCUCAUUAUCGUGGACUUUGGCUGCUUCCAGUUGAACAGUGUUGAGCAAAGUGGCAUCCGAUCGUCCUCUUCCUCUUUCUCGUCUCUGGAGGAAAUCAUGGAUCGAGCCUAUGACAGAUACAGCGUGAAGCUGAGCCGAGUUCAGGUGCUCUACAGCAAGUCAGGUGAGGCUUGGAAGGUAGCUCGGCAGCAGGGUUCAUCAUUCCAACACAUCCUCCAGCCGAUGGAUGUCACUCUCAGUUUGGCUAAGUGCAUGGUGGAAAAGGAUGCCAGGAUGCCCAGGUUUAAGGUGUCAGGUGAGCUGCCUUUGCUUCACGUCAAAAUCUCAGACCAGAAGAUCCACAGUGUCAUGGAGCUGGUGGACGGCAUCCCUCUUCCCAACAUGGACUCACCAUCACCAUCCACCCCAACACAGAAGGUCUUGCCGCUGGUGCAGGCCAGACCGCGAGCACUUAACCUUCACCCCACCCUCCUGGACACCAUGGAAACGGAUUCGGACGAAGACACCAGUGAGAAGUCGACCGAUGAGGAUCCUCAGCGCUCGACUACGGAGGAACUCACGGACGUCCACUUCAAGUUUGAAGUCAGAGAGGUGCUGGUGGAGCUGACCCGACAGGUGAAAGAGGAGAAGACCUUCCUGUCCUUCAGCAUCUGUCACCUGGGAGCCGAAGGGAAGAAACGGAGCUUCGACCUGAGCGUCACCUCGUACCUGCAGCGAGUCAUGCUCGACUACUGCGACCUGCCAGACGGUGUGAAACAUCCUCUUCACCUCAUCAGGUCCUCAGAGCACAGCACCAACCUCCUGAAGGUGGAGUUCAUCAAGGCUGACCCCAGCGGUCCCAACUUCCAGACCCUGUUCAACAACACUGAGCAGACACUGAAGGUGGAGUUUUCCUCUCUGGACUUCCUCCUUCACACCAAAGCUCUGCUGUCAACCAUCAACUACCUGAACAACGCCAUGCCGCCGCAGCUCAGCGCCACCGGAGACAAAGAUGUCAAAAAGCAGGCGGAGAAGACGGGAAAGAGCCGGGCAGUAUCUAAAGGAGCUAAAGAUGCAGGAAUCUUCAACUUCAAGUUGUUCGCCAUGUUGGGCUGUUUCCACGUGGAGGUGUGCGAUGACCGUCGCAGCAUCGCUGACAUCCGAGUCCAAGGAAUUGAUGCGUCUGUGUUGGUGCAGGCGAAGGAGACAGAGGUGUUCGCCCGGCUGCGAGACAUUGUGGUCACAGACGUCAACCCCAAUACCAUCCACAGAAAGGCGGUGUCCAUCAUGGGUGAGGAAGUGUUCAGCUUCAAGCUGUCUCUGUUUCCCGGGGCGACCGAGGGCGACGGCUACGGCGACGUGUCGAAGGUGGACGGGAAGGUCACGCUGCGUCUGGGCUGCAUCCACAUCGUCUACCUGCACAAGUUCCUCAUGUCUCUGCUGAUGUUCAUUGACAACUUCCAGACAGCCAAAGAAGCUCUGAGCGCCGCGACAGCUCAGGCAGCAGAGAAGGCUGCGUCCAGCGUUCGAGACUUUGCCCAGAAGAGUUUCCGUCUGUCCAUGGACAUCAAGCUGAAGGCCCCGCUCAUCAUCAUCCCCCAGUCCUCCACCUCCUAUAAUGCCGUGGUGGUGGACCUGGGUCUGAUCACGGUGGGAAACAGCUUCUCUCUGCAGCCAGCUGAAGGUUUCCCUUUGCCAGCGGUGGUGGAGAAGAUGGAUGUCCAGCUGACACAGCUGAAACUGUCCAGAACUACACUGAAGCAAGACUUAUCUCUGCCAGACAUUGAGAUCCUUCAGCCAAUCAACUUAGAGCUGCUCGUCACCCGAAACCUGGCUGCUUCCUGGUUCUCCAAGAUUCCCGGAGUCCGGGUCCAGGGAGUCCUCCGGACCCUGAAUAUGAGUCUGGGUGAAGAAGACCUCGGAGUCCUGAUGAAGAUUCUAGUAGAGAACAUUGGAGAGGGGAGCAAAGAGCACAGCAUGGAUGUCAAGAGACAGGUGGCCCAAGAGAAGGCGGAGCUCGCUGAGCAGCUGGUCGAUGUGCUGGCAUUACCAGCAGCAUCUAAUGGUGUGGUGGCUGCAACCAGUGAAAUUCAGAAUGAAAACACCGUCAAUGUUCUCCUCAACUUUGAAGUGGAAGAGGUGCUCCUAACUCUGAGAAAGCCAAAGGAACAGAAGGAGUCGCCUUUCCUGGUCUUUCACGUCGCCCAAAUGGGCAUCAACACACACGUCAGAAAAUACGACAUGUGCGCAGCAACAUACAUCAAAAAGAUCACUUUGAAGUGCCUGGAGUUCAAAGACUCGAGCGGGGAGCCGCUGUGCCUCAUCAGCUCUUCAGUACAGUCUGGAGCUGAGCUGCUCAAAGUGGAGUAUUGUAAGGCUGACCGUGCCGGACCGAACUUCUCCACCGUCUACAAGAACAUCGAGCAGCUGAUCAAUGUGACCUUCACCUCGCUCGACGUCAUGCUUCACACUGAAGCUCUGCUGUCAGCCAUCAACUUCCUGUCAACAGCGCUGUCCUCCGGUGGCAGCGUUCCGUCUCCAGAGAGAGAAGUCCGACCAAAGACGGAGGAUAAGACGGUUUCUGCCAAGUCCACUGCCCUGGUAUCACCGGCUGACUCUGAGGUCAUAGACCUGAAGGUCGCCAUGGCUCUCGGGGCCUUCAACGUCCUGGUGUGCGACCAGUCCUGUAACAUUGCCGACAUCAAGAUCCAAGGUAUGAAUGGCUCGUUGCUGAUGCAAGGACCUCAGACUCAGAUAUCAGCCGGCCUGCGAGAUUUCAUUGUUCUGAAUGUUGAUCCCAAAAGUUUCCACAAGAAGGCCAUCUCCAUCGUGGGCGAUGAGGUGUUCAGCUUCAGCAUGAGUCUGACCCCUAACGCCACAGAGGGCGCCGGCUACGCCGACACGUCCAAAACCGACGGCAAAGUGAGGUUAAAUGUGGGCUGCAUCCAGGUGGUGUACCUGCACAAGUUCUUCAUGUCCCUGCUGAACUUCACCAACAACUUCCAGACAGCUAAAGAAGCUCUGAGCGCUGCAACAGCUCAGGCAGCGGAGAAGGCUGCGUCCAGCGUUCGUGACUUCGCCCAGAAGAGUUUCCGUCUGGCCAUGGACAUCAAGCUGAAGGCCCCGCUCAUCAUCAUCCCCCAGUCCUCCACCUCCUACCAUGCUCUGGAGGUGGACCUGGGUCUCAUUACUGUUGGGAACAGCUUCUCUCUGCUGAACGUCGCGGGAUGUCCGCUGCCGGCCGUCAUAGACAAUAUGGACGUCCAGUUGGCAGAGCUGAAACUCUCCAGGACCUGCAUAGACUCAAACCAACCCACCACAGAGCUGCUGGAACCGGUCAACCUGCACCUGAACAUCAAGAGAAACCUGGCAGCUUCCUGGUACAAGAAGAUGGCUGCUGUGGAGAUCGAUGGAGAUCUGAAACCCAUGAAGGCGAAGCUCAGUCAAGACGACCUGAAGGUGCUGCUCAGGAUCUUGAUGGAGAAUCUGGGAGAGGCCGGAGGUUCGGAGCCCACCGCUGCCCGGCAGGAGACCAGCCUGCAGGUCCGAGCAACUGGGGCCACUCCAGCAGGUGAUGCUGCGAAGAUGAGUGUGAGCCACGGUGAAGAGGACGAUGAAGAUUUGGAGACUGUGAAGUUUAACUUCAACAUCGAGUCUCUUGGUCUGGUUCUGUACCUCAACCCCAAACAGCCCUCAGAUCUCCAGCACCAGCAAGACCUCAGACUGGGGGAGUUCGCCCUACACUUGCUAAAAACUUCAGGGAAGAUCCUGACCAACGGCAGCAUGGAGGUGAACACGGUCCUGACUGCCUGCACACUGGAUGACCUGCGGAUCGGCAUGGAGAGGGUAACGUCACGGAUGGUGAGGCGAAGAGACGAGGACAGCUCAGAGGUCACGAUCGAUGUGACGUACCGGCAGAGCGCAGCAGAACGGGAGGUGGUGGCUGUUCUGCAGAAGCUCUAUCUGUGUGCGAGCGUGGAGUUUCUGAUGGCCGUCGCAGAUUUCUUCCUGCAGGCUUUGCCGCAGAGUUCAGCUCCAACCACCUCCUCUGCACCGAGCGACAGACUGCAGCUGAGACAGACCGCGGAACCACGAACCGACCCCAAGACCGCCUCCACAGUGAAGACUCGUCUUCGGGCGGUGGUUGUCGACCCAGAGGUGGUGUUUGUGGCCAGCCUGAUGAAGGACGACGCCCCGGCCCUCGUGGCCUCAUUUCAGUGCGACUUCACUCUGCAGGCCGAGGAGGACGGCACCCAGAACAUGAGAGCAAACCUGAGGGAGCUGAAGGUCCUCGCCUGCCCCUUCAUCCGAAACAAAGAGGACAAGGGUGUGACCACCGUGCUGAGACCUUGUUCAGUCGCCUUGGAAACCAAGACCCUCCCCAAUCAGCCUCUGCGGGGCUCGAUGACGGUGCAGGAAAUCAUUAUUAAGAUCUCGCCAUUUAUCCUCAACGCCGUGAUGACGAUAACAGCCGCCAUGAUGGCGAGGCAGAAGGAUGAGCAGAGUGAGGCCUUGAAGCCUGAAGUCGGUAACCUGUGGUCGGUCAUGAACAUCUACGACUGUAACUACUGGUUCCUGGGAGUGGACCAGGCCACCGAAGUGACCGAGAGCUUCAAAGAACCAGACGGACGCAACGAAGGGGAGAGCUUCGGCAUCGAGGUUAAGGUGGUCCAGGUGACGCUGGAGUCCGGUUUGGGUCAUCGGACGGUCCCUCUACUGCUGGCCGAGUCCUCUUUCAGUGGACUGGCCAAAAACUGGUCUUCUCUGCUACAGCUGAGAGCGGACCUGACGCUGGAGGUGAACUACUUUAACGAGACCCACGCGGUGUGGGAGCCUCUGCUCGAACGGGUCGAUGGCGGCAGACGCAGGUGGAACCUGGAGAUUGAGAUGAAGAACAACCCGAUUCAAGACAAAAGUCCCGUUCAUGGAGAUGACUUCAUAUUUCUGCCUGAUCCUCGCACUGCCAUUAGCAUCUGCUCCAAGGACACCAUGAACAUCACCAUCUCCAAGUGCUGCCUCAAUGUUUUCCAGAACCUCGCCAAGGCGUUCUCAGAGGGAACAGCUUCCACCUUCGAUUACUCUCGGAAGGAGAAGGCCCCCUUCACCAUUAGAAACUCUCUGGGAAUUCCCCUCAUCAUGGAGCACAGUGCCAACUUGAGGCUGGUGGGAUCUCUGGGGCAGGGGAAACUACAUGAGCUGCCGGUGGAUCAAAACAUGGAUCUGGAGCACUCCGUGUUCGAACCGGCAUCCAGAGGCAAACUAUCAGCUCUUCAGCGGCAAGAGAGCUGCCUGUUCAACCUCACCAUCGUGCCCUCAGGAUACAGCGAGAUCACCAACAUCGCUGUGGACAAACCGGGUCGCCGCCUCUACAACAUCCGCGGCCCGAAUCUGCAGGAGGCCGUUUCUGUGCUGCUGCAGAUCGACGCCGACGAAGGCAACAAGGUCAUCACCGUUCGCUCGCCGCUGCAGAUAAAGAAUCAUUUCUCAGUGCCGUUCACUAUCCUGAAGUACUCGCCGCAGUCCAGAAGUCUGCAGGCUAUCGGACGCGCCGACCCGGAGACGGAGUUUCACGUCACCUUAGAAACAUACAGAUCUCAGCUGUUUUUGCAGCCAGCGGGAGAGCUGAAUGGUCGGUACGGUCCAUCCUCCACCUGCAUAUCCUGGAAGGAGCAGGUGCACCGCAGCUUGGAGGUGUGUUCAGUCCUGCAGUGUCCUGCGUCCGAAAGCAGCCUGCUGCCGCUGAUGGUCAGCACGGUGGCUGUCCCCGACGACCUGCGACACAUCGCCAGCCACGGAGAAGAGGAUUGGGACCCCGCCUAUGUCAUCCAUCUCCAUCCAAUGGCCACGCUACGCAACCUGCUGCCCUACACCAUCUGCUACAUGAUGGAGAGCUCAGCAGACAGCUCUGAGCUUCAGGAGGGCAGCACGUCCGACCUGCUGAACGCUCGGGUCUCAGGGGAGAUUGUGUCGCUGGUGCUGAUCAAGUAUCAAGGACGCAACUGGCACGGACACAUUCGGAUCGAAAAGGAAAUGCCGGAGUUUUUGGCCAUCUGUCUCACCUGCGACUCGGACAUGAACAUGACGGUGGACAUCAACGUUCACGUGAAGAGGACCGCGAGCCGCCUGCUACUGUCGCUCUUCAGUCCGUACUGGAUCAUCAACAAGACGUCCCGAGUGCUGCAGUACAAAGCCGAGGACGUCUGCGUCAAGCACCCGGCCGACUACCGAGACAUCAUCCUGUUCUCCUUCAAGAAGAAGAACGUGUUCAGCAAGUGCAAGCUCCAGCUGUGCGUCUCCACCAGUUCCUGGUCCGAUGGGUUUUCUCUGGACACGGUGGGGAGUUACGGCUGCGUUCGUUGUCCUGCCAACCACAUGGAUUUCUUGGUGGGUGUCAGUAUCCAGAUGAGCAGUUUUAACCUGAGCAGGAUCGUCACCAUGAGUCCUUUCUACACUCUGGUGAACAAGUCGUCCUAUGAGCUGGAAGUGGGAGAAGUGAGCAGCCAAACCAAGUGGCACUACAUCUCCUCCACUGAGUGCCUCCCUCUGUGGCCGGAGAACGGCUCGGGGAAAUUGUGCGUCCGUGUCGUCGGGUCUGACUCCUCCUCCGAGUCCUUCUUCUUCAAUAAACAGGACAGCGGCACCCUGCUGAGGACGGAUAUGUGCGGGGGCAUCAUCGUGGACGUCAACCUCUCCAAUCACUCCACUGUCAUCAGCUUCACUGAUUAUUAUGAAGGUGCAGCUCCUGCCCUGCUAGUUAACCACACACCCUGGGCCACCAUCAGCUACUGUCAGAGCGGCUCGUCGGUGGUUCACCAGUUGAAACCCAGCGAGGCUCGGCAGUUCGCGUGGGACGACCCGACAGGAGUCCGCAAGUUGUGCUGGAGAUGUAACGAUAAUUCAGGAGAGCUGGAUCUGCUGAAGGAUGAUGUGGGUCAGUUUUCCUACGACAGCCGGUCUCAGAUCCACUGGGUUUCCUUCCUGGAUGGACGCCAGCGGGUGCUGAUAUUUACUGAGGACGUUGGGGUGGUGACGAAGGCUCGACAGGCCGAGGAGCUCGAGCAGUCCGAACAGGAAGUAAAAGUGUCGUUGCAGAACCUCGGAUUGUCGCUGAUCAACAACAGCAAGCGGCAGGAGAUCGCGUACAUCGGCAUCACCAGCUCAGGCGUCGUUUGGGAAAUGAAGCCAAAGAAUCGCUGGAAGCCGUUCAAUCACAAGAACAUCAACCUGCUGGAGAAAGCCUACCAGAGUCAGCUGAGCGGGAACACGGGCGGAGGAUGGGUCAGGCUGGACAACAACCUGGAGGUGAACCUCAGCGGACCCACCAUGAUGAUGCGUCAGCCGUUUUCCUGCCAGGUGAGGAGGAACUUCCUGUCUGGGAUCCAAGUGGAGUUCAAGCAGUCGGUGCACCAGCGCAGCCUGAGAGCCCAGCUGUACUGGCUGCAGGUGGACAAUCAGCUUCCAGGUGCCAUCUUCCCCAUCGUCUUCAAUCCAGUUCCUCCUCCAAAGUCCAUCGUUCUGGACUCAGAGCCAAAACCCUUUAUUGACGUGUCCAUCAUCACCAGGUUCAACCAGCACAGCAACGUCAUGCAGUUCAAGUACUUCAUGGCUCUGGUCCAGGAGAUGGCAGUGAAGAUCGAUCAGGGUUUCCUGGCAGCCAUUUUGGCUCUGUUCACUCCAGCUGUGGACCCUCAAGCUGACAGCAAAAAGCGUGGGCUGAUCGAGCAGGAUCUGCAGACCCUGCAGGCCGAGCUGAUGGAGGCGUCGCUGACGGACACGUCUGGACUCAGCUUCUUCGAAUACUUCCACAUCUCACCCAUCAAGCUCCACCUCAGUCUGUCUCUGGGCUCCAGCGGUGACGACUCAGCUGAGGAGACCGCGGCCAUUCAGUCUCUGAACCUGCUGCUCAAAAGCAUCGGAGCCACGCUGACCGACGUCGACGACAUCAUCUUCAAACUGGCCUUCUUCGAGGUGAAGCACCAGUUUUACAGCAGAGAUAAGCUGAUGUGGGUGGUGACCCGACACUACACCGAACAGUUCUUGAAGCAGAUGUAUGUUCUGGUUCUGGGUCUGGACGUGCUGGGAAAUCCAUUUGGACUGAUCCGAGGUCUGUCUGAGGGGGUGGAGGCCUUCUUUUACGAGCCUGUCCAGGGAGCCGUUCAGGGUCCAGAGGAGUUUGCUGAAGGUUUUGUGAUCGGCGUCCGCAGCCUGCUGGGCCACACAGUCGGUGGCGCUGCAGGCAUGGUUUCCAAGAUCACGGGGUCGGUGGGUAAAGGUCUGGCAGCCAUCACUAUGGAUAAAGAGUACCAACAGAAACGGCGGGAGGAGAUGAACCGACCGCCCAAAGACUUCGGAGAAAGUCUGGCUAAAGGAGGAAAAGGACUGCUGAAGGGAGUCGUUGGCGGAGUAACCGGCAUCGUCACCAAACCUGUGGAGGGAGCGAAGAAGGAGGGAGCGGCCGGUUUCUUUAAGGGGAUCGGUAAAGGUCUGGUGGGGGUGGUCGCCCGGCCAACAGGCGGCAUCGUGGACAUGGCCAGCAGCACCUUCCAGGGCAUCCAGAGGGCGGCCGAGUCGACAGAAGAAGUGACCAAACUUCGGCCGGUGCGUCUGAUCAGGGAGGACGGGAUCAUCAGGCCGUAUGACCUGACGGAGUCGCAGGGAUUCGACCUUUUCCAGCGGUCAGAGAUCAAACAGCUGGAGGGUGAAGUGUUCAGAGAUCACUGUCAGUAUCCUGGACACAGAAAGACCAACAUCAUCAUCACCAACAGGAGGGUUUUGUGUGUUAAGGAGAUAGAAUUUGUGGGUCACUUCAACAAAGAGUGGGAAUGUUUGUAUGAGAACUUCUAUCGUCCUCCAGCUGUGAUGGGAACUGAACUGAGGAUUUACAGCAAGGAGCAGCAGAAGCUGAAACUGAAGAGAGAUGGUCAGGAGCCGGUGAGGAGCAUUCAGCUCAAAGACUCUAACACUGCUCAGAAGCUGCAGACCGCGAUAUCUGAUGCUCAGAUGGCACAGCAGCAGCGCCGCAUGGCGAGACAGAUGUCCCAGCGCUUCCUGAAACCAGGCAACAAGCAGUGAGGUCACUUCCUGUCAGCAGCUGAUUCAUAUGAAAUAUUUGGAAAGCUUGGAGGAGGUGUCCAUAUGAACUGUGCAUCUGUUCCUUUAAGAACAUGUAGAAUGAUUUGUGCCUGCGUUCAACUGAAACUGUCCAAUCAGAGUCGAGGAGGCAGGCAGUGACGCAACACUGUAAUCUCUCACUUAUGAAACGAAAGGAAUCAUGGGAUUGUAGUUUUCUUUGUUGUUUCAGUCCACAGGAAAAAGUGGGUGCAGCUACUGAAGUUUCAUUUUGACUUUGUGUUUCUAAAGAAUAAAAAAUCAAGUUAUUAUUUUAUUCCUGGCCAGCUGCAAUACUGUGUCUGAUGAUGAAGCCAUAAAAACAUGUUGCACUAAAAGAACAUUUAAUCUUAUUUUUGUUUAUGAUGAAUGCUGUUGUUCAUUUUCAGUUAAAGACAGAGAUUAAAAUAAUUUUCUGUGAAACGCAGUUAUUAUUAAUAAUCCCAAAGCAUUCUUUGAUCAGCGAGUUUGAGCUGCAGAUCUUUGUUUAAACUGAACAAUGAAAAAUGUUUUUCACAAGGAACAAAUGAAUGUUUACAUUGUUUCAAUCCUGCUGAAAAUGUUCUUUAUUUUUUUGUUUUUUGCUGAAACUUUCUUUUUUUUUUGUCUCUGUUAACGUUUGGCCGAAGGUGCAUUUAUGUUGGAAAUUAAAA